AUGAUAGGUUAUCACCUUGGGUGGACACACUCGUUAUGCGGAAUGGCGAUGACACAGGGACUACAGAAGAAAGUUGUGAAUAUUGGAAUGGGAAUUCGACCACAUACAGUGGAACCGAAGGGAAUCACCACCUCUCAGUACGUCGAGUCUCUACAACAUAAGUUGACAGAACUCGAAAUUAAAUCAAUAUCGGAGGAAGGUCUAACCGAUGAACGCCGUCUUCGCCGCCUGUGUAUCAUUCUCACUCUCAAGGAAGCCUACAUCAAAGCUAUUGGCCAACCAAUCGGGUUCGACUAUACUCGAUUGGAAUUCUGCGUUGGUGAAAAAUGGGCCAAAGGUGACGGACACCCACUUCAAGGAUGGGAGUUUCGGAUAUUUGUCGUGGACAUUGGGGUGGCACGUAAAGACCAGCUUGUCCAGGAGAAGUAUCAGUGUGCUACUGCGUUUUUCAGAGGAUCGAUGCAGAGCCAGUUUGUGUUCUAUGAAAGUAAGGAGGAGUUGGAAUCCUGGGUGCAGUUUAUUACGAUUGACCAGAUGUUGAGAGUUGUGCCCAAGUUGAAUGCUUGA